AUGGAUUUGGUUUCAGAAUCUACGAACUCGACCUUAAGUAAGAUCGAGAGUCCCACAAGUGGAUCCUCGAUAACCAACAAUAGUAAUACCAGUGGAUGUUCGACUCCAACUUCAAGCCGUUACGAAAACCAAAAGAGAAGAGACUGGAACACGUUUUGCCAGUAUCUCCGAAACCACCGUCCACCACUCUCACUAGCCCUAUGUAGCGGUGCUCAUGUUCUUGAGUUUCUCAACUACCUUGACCAGUUUGGGAAAACAAAAGUUCAUAACCAUCCUUGUCCUUUCUUUGGAAUCCCUAACCCACCUGCUCCUUGUCCUUGUCCUCUUCGUCAGGCGUGGGGAAGUCUCGACGCUCUCGUCGGUCGCCUCCGUGCUGCUUAUGAAGAGAACGGUGGUCGGCCUGAGACUAACCCUUUUGGUUCUCGGUCUGUUAGGAUUUAUUUAAGGGAUGUUCGUGAUUUUCAAGCGAAAGCUAGAGGUGUUAGCUAUGAAAAGAAGAGGAAGAGGACUAAACCUAAGAUCACUGCACCCACAACUGCUAGUUAG